CCCCCAAUCCCCCCCCUCUACACAGUCUACCUCCUCCGCUCCCUCCCCCUCCCCUCCUCCCUCUACAUCGGAUCGACCCCCCUUCCCUCGCGGCGCCUACGACAACACAAUGGCGUCGUGGUAGGUGGUGCGAGUAGGACGGCCAGAGCGAGCCAUAGGCCGUGGGAGAUGCCGGUGUUGGUUGUUGGGUUCCCGAGUCACGUUGGGGCGUUGCAGUUUGAAUGGGCAUGGCAACACCCAACACUCUCCACACGCCUCCCUCCCCCCUCCACCACCACCACCACCACCACUACCUCCACCCAGCCAACCCCCCGCCCACGCGCCCGAAGACCCCGCCUCACCCUCCCCUCCUCCCUCAAAUCCCUCCACCACCUCCUCGCAUCCCCCUCUUUCUGUCGCUGGCCACUGCGGUUACACUUCCAGAGCGAGGAGGUGUAUGGGGCCUGGGUGAAGGCGUGUAGUUCCACGGCUGGGGGGAAGGAGGGGAGGGAGGGAAGGAGGGAGGUGGAGGUUGUGAAGGAUUAUGAUAGUGAGAUUUUCGCGGCGUUGGGGAAGGUCGAAAAAGGUGCAAAGGGGAAGGGUAGAGGAAAGUCCAAGGCACCGCUGGAGGAGGAGAGGCGGGUUGGUAACUGCGCGGCUUGCGGACAGGGGAGUGGUAUAAUGCCCAUCUGCGCAUCCGACGAAUGCGGGGUAGCCACGCACAUCACAUGCCUCGCAAAACACGGGCUACGGGAUGAGAAAGAGGGCGGAAAGGGACAGAUUCUACCACUCUCGGCCAAAUGUCCGCGGUGUAAAGGGGAGAUGAGGUGGAGUGAUAUAGCUGGCCAGGUUACUGGACGGAUUCGUGGGAAGGGGACGAAAGGGGGUAUAGGUGCAGUGGCAAGUGCGAGUGCUGCGGGGAAUGGAAGUGCGAGUGGGAGCGGGGUAGAGAGCGGGAGUGAGAGUGAAGCGGAUUCUUGGGCUGGGGUUGUGGAGUUGUGAGGGGAGUUUGGGAAGGGGGUUUGGUCAUGGAGCUUGGUGGAUGGAUGGUGCAUUAUGAUACCCUGGGCUAAUUUAAUCGAGU